GCCGGGCAGCCAGGGCACGUGGACUCCGCCGCAGAGAGCACCUGCGUUGUAGCUUCCCCGUGCGGCUCAGUACUCUCAGCCCGGGCGGCAGGAGCUUCUCCUGAGCACGUGGAAGGUGCCGGUUCUGUGCGCGCUGCUUCCGGCACUGCCUCAGCUAACCCUCCCUGGACCUGUUCACGCAGAGGAUCAGGCAGGAGCCUCCAGAACAAAUAGGGCAGCUGGACUUCUUCUCGGCCGCUGCUGUUGCCAGGCCUGCUCUGCCCCUGCUGCCGGAGGCCUUCCCGCCAGGUCUGGAGAUGCCCCAGCACGCGGUAGGGGACAAGCGCUUCACCUCAGUGGCCCAGCUCCUCUCCAGCAGCGCCGUCCCGGCCGCUGAGAAUGGGCUGGAGCACGGCCCUCGGGGCAGCAGGGCCUCCCCUUGCUCCGAGCGCGCCGCCGUGCAGAGCCCCCUGGACCCCUGCAGCCAGCCCCUCUGCCAGCGCCAGGCAGAGAAGCACAGCUGCCAGGCGGCUCCCACGGUGCAGUACGUCUCAGCGGGGCCCGAGGACGCCGCGUGCGGCUGGCAGGGCUUUGCGCCCGAGUGCCUGCAGGUCUUCAACACGCCCAAGGGCUUCCUGCUCUUCCUGUGCGCAGCCUCCUUCCUGCAAGGCAUGACAGUGAACGGUUUCAUCAACACGGUCAUCACCUCCAUCGAGCGGCGCUACGACCUGCACAGCUACCAGAGCGGGCUCAUCGCCAGCUCCUACGACAUCGCUGCCUGUCUCUGCCUUACCUUUGUCAGCUACUUUGGGGGCAGCGGACACAAGCCGCGCUGGCUGGGCUGGGGUGUGCUGGUCCUGGGCGCAGGGUCACUGGUGUUUGCACUGCCCCACUUCAUCUCUGGCCGCUACGAGGUGGAGAGGGAUGAGGAGGUGGGGACGUGCCCAGCCAACCGGAGUACCAUGUGUAUGGACAGCAUCUCGGACCUGGCCCACUACCGGCUGGUCUUCAUGCUGGGCCAGUUCCUGCAUGGCAUGGGCGCCACGCCCCUCUACACGCUGGGCGUUACCUACCUGGAUGAGAACGUCAAGUCCAGCUACUCGCCCGUCUACAUUGCCAUCUUUUACACUGCAGCCAUCCUGGGCCCUGCUGCCGGGUACCUGAUUGGAGGCACCAUGCUGAAUGUCUACGUGGAAGUGGGUCAACGGACGCACUUGACCCCUGAGAGCCCCCUGUGGGUGGGUGCCUGGUGGAUUGGCUUCCUGGGAGCUGGGGUGGCAGCCUUGCUCGUUGCUGUCCCCAUCCUUGGCUACCCCCAACAGCUGCCAGGUUCCCAGCGCUAUGUCGUCAUGAGGGCAGCAGAGACACAGCAGCUGAAAGACCACAGUCACAAGACGGCAAGCAACCCAGCCUUCGGGAGGACCGUCAGAGACCUGCCCCUCUCCAUCUGGCUCCUCCUGAAGAACCCCACAUUCAUCCUGCUCUGUCUGGCAGGGGCCACUGAGGCCACGCUCGUUGCCAGCAUGUCCACGUUCGGCCCCAAGUUCUUCGAGGCCCAGUUCAGCCUCAGCGCCUCAGAAGCUGCCUCUUUGUUUGGUUACCUGGUGGUGCCGGCGGGUGGCGGUGGCACGCUGCUGGGCGGCUUCCUGGUGAACAGGUUUAAGCUGCGAGGCCCUGGGAUCAUCAGGUUCUGCCUGCUCUGCACCCUGACCAGCCUGCUCGCCUUCCUCGUCUUCUUCACGCACUGCCCCAAUGUGCCCAUGGCUGGCGUGACGACAGGCUAUACCCGCAGUCUCCAGCCUGAAGGCUACCUGAACCUGACGGCCGCCUGCAAUGCACACUGCAGUUGCUCGCCGGAGCACUACAGCCCCGUGUGUGACUCGAACAACACCAUGUACUACUCCCCCUGCCACGCGGGGUGCCAGCACACCGACCCAGCUAGUCCGAAGGUGUACCAAGGCUGUAGCUGUGUCCCCACAAGCUUGGGCAAUGCCACCGCAGGGAAAUGCACCUCAUCCUGUCAGAGAAAGCCCCUCCUUCUGGUUCUCGUGUUCGUUGUAAUUAUCUUUACCUUCCUCAGCAGCAUCCCUGCGCUGACGGCGACUCUACGGUGUGUCUGUGACCAGCAGAGGUCCUUUGCCCUGGGAAUCCAGUGGAUCGUGGUCAGGACCCUAGGCAGCAUCCCAGGACCCAUCGCAUUCGGCUGGGUGAUCGACAAGGCCUGCCUGCUGUGGCAAGACCAGUGUGGCCACCAGGGCUCCUGCUUCGUGUACCAGAAUGCAGCCAUGAGCCGCUACAUGCUGGUCGUGGGGCUCGCCUACAAGGUGCUGGGCUUCCUCUUCUUUGCUACUGCCUACUUCCUGUACAAGCCCCCGUCCGGGUCCUCGGGUGGCCUGGAACCCUCUCUGCCCAGUCAGUCGUCGGCCUCCGAAAGUCCCACGGACCUCCAGUGCCAGCGCGAUGUCUGACCACCGCCCAACUGAGGACUCCUGGCCCUCACAGGAGCCGCAGGGCCUUCAACACCAUCGUGGCUCUUGGAAGGACUAACUUCUCACCAAGGCCACAGUGCCAGGGACUUGUAGGAGACCUUGCACUGGGUCCUGGGGCCUGCAGAGCCACCGCAAGUUUGUAGCUGAGCCAUGGGUCAUGGGAGUCAGGGCUCGAAGCUCUAAGGAGAAAUCACACCAGGCAUAUUGGAAGUGGACGCGCCCCUCCCAGCCCCUCCUCUGAGGACCAGCCUGUCCUGCUGGCUGCCUGCCUGGCUCUGACUUCCGGUCUUGCUUCUGAAUCGCCAGUAAUGCAAGAAAGAGUGAGGGAGAGAGAGAGAGACAGCGAGGGAAGGAGGGAGAGAGGAGAGAGAGAGUGACAGAGAGUCAGGCAGAAACACAGAGACAUACGCCAGUGUUGACACCUGCGCACGCACUGUGGGCGAGUUGGAGCAAGAGCUCCUACCCUGCAGGCGCCAGUCAGGCCUGGGACAGGGCGUUUCUGUGUCCUCAGUCCAAGUUGUGCAUGUGUAAAUAUAUUUUAAU